AUGUCGACUUCAUCACAGUCAUCCCAGUCCCUCCCGCCCGUGAGACUGCCUGAGCCAUGGAAAACCAGCUACGAAAUCCAGCAGACUGUGUCCCCGGACUUUCACGGCGAUCCAACCUUCAAGCUCGUGUUGUCAGAAACACAGCUCCCCGACUCCCAGCCACCGCCGGAGCCUCUUCAUCAUGAUGGCCUCACGUACUCAGAUACCUUCGUCGUGCGGUCUGGGUCAGAGCCAACGGAGGCAGGUGACAACUCUCCUUGGGCGCGAUUUCACGCCAGCGCCAUCUCGUAUGUCUCGUGGACAACACGUGCACAACCACCGACCGUGGGUCAGAUCUGGCUGUUGAUCCACGCCCUGCUUACUCAACACCCUGAUCACGAGAGGUUCCGGCUCCAGCUCACGGGGAACGGCCACGCACAGCUCUCGCAAGAGCUAUUGGCGACCGGGAUUGCCACACCAAGUCCUAAGCCCUCAAGGCCUGGCCAUGAGCACCCGACCACGCCGUCGACCGGCACCGUCACCGUCGCCGUCACGACGACGCAAGUCUCAGUCUCCCGAUCUGCAUUCUGGCAGGGCGCCGCGUCGCCCUUUGGCACCCGGCCGGUCUGGGUAUCGCACCCAGCGCUGUACUCGCAAUUCUCCAAGCCGGUCACAUCAGCCUACCCAGCCUUCCCGCUCGAACACACCGUCACCUUCACCCUGGACCCGCGGCCCGUCCACGCACAGCAUCCCAUCCGGCCGCCCAAGCCUACCCGCGGCGCCGUGAUCUACAGCCGCUACGUGCCGGACCUGGACGAGUUCUUCGCCAUGGACCACCUGGACUGGCGCGACGACGCGCACCUGGCGCUCUUCCACAAGUGGCAGAACGACCCGCGCGUGUCGCAGGGCUGGAACGAGACGGGCACGCUCGAGCAACACCGCGAAUACCUGCGCAAGAUGGACGAGGAUCCGCAUCAGAUGGCCGUCUUGGCGCGCUUCAACGACGUCUACUUUGCGUAUUUUGAGAUCUACUGGGCAAAGGAAGAUCAUAUGGGCGUCUACAUCUCCCCGGCGCCUGGCGACUUUGACCGCGGCCGCCACUCGCUGGUCGGCGACGUGCAGUACCGCGGACCCCACCGCGCCUCGGUCUGGUGGACCAGCCUCAUCCACUACCUGUUCCUGGACGACCCGCGCACCGUGACCAUCGUCGGCGAGCCCAAGUUCACCAACGCCAACGUGCUCCGGUACGACAUGGCCAACGGCUUCCACCUGCACAAACUAGCGGAUCUGCCGCACAAGAGGUCCGCCAUCGUCAGGUGCGAGAGGGUGCGCUUCUUCCAGGUGGCCGACUUUGCCUCGACUGGUGCCGGGUCCAAUGCGAUCGCUGGGGCGAGGGGUGAGAAGGGCACGUCGAGUGCGGGGGUCAAGGGAGCCUCUCCCAGUACUAAGAAGGCAAAGUUGUGA